GGGCGGGCAGCGGCCCCGGCCCGCGUCUGCGCCCCUGCGCCCCUCGCUCGCCCGCGGCCCCCGGCCCCGCCGCGCGCGCAGCCAUGGUGGGCCGCCUGAGCCUGCAGGAUGUGCCCGAGCUCGUGGACACGAAGAAGAAGGGCGACGGCGUCCUGGACAGUCCGGACUCGGGGCUGCCCCCCAGCCCCAGCCCCAGCCACUGGGGGCUCGCGGCGGCCGCGGGCAGCGGCGGCGGCGGGGAACGCGCGCCAGCCCCCGGGGCGCUGGAGCCCGACGCGGCGGCGACUCCCGUGGUCCCGAAUCCAGCAUCUCUCCCCAACCCCCUGGCGCCGGGCUGCUCGCCAAGGUUAUGCCCCCUGUCCUUUGGCGAAGGAGUGGAGUUUGACCCCUUACCACCAACGGAAGUAAGGUACACUUCCUCAGUCAAGUACGACUCAGAGCGGCACUUCAUCGACGAUGUCCACCUGCCCCUGGGCCUGGCCGUGGCCUCCUGUAGCCAGACGGUCACCUGCAUCCCCAAUUGCACGUGGCGCAACUACAAGGCCGAGGUGCGCUUUGAGCCCCGCCACAAGCCCACGCGCUUUCUCAGCACCACCAUCGUCUACCCCAAGUACCCCAAGACCGUCUACACCACCACCCUGGAUUACAACUGCCGCAAGACGCUGAGGAGGUUCCUGUCCAGCGUGGAGCUGGAAGCCGCGGAGUGCCCUGGCAGCGAUUACCUCUCGGAUGAGUGCUGAGGAUGAGUGCCCACUCCGUCCAGCCCAGGGGAGGCCAGCCUCGCGAUACCUCUACCCGGCCCGGGGAAGGACAGCAAAUGUCCUGGCAUCUUCUAAUUCUUGAGAGAAUUUGGGUUUUAAAAUAUUGUUCAAAUUGUUUUUGAAAGGAGCAUAUGUCCUAGUUUGCUGCUGUAUAGUUUCCCCAGAGUCUCAAUUCGAUGAGAAAAUACAAAGAUGACUGGAGCAAAAGGAAAAUGGCCACGACUUGAAAUAGGGAGGGAGAGCUCUUUUUCCAUUGGUCAGUGUAUCUGAGGAAGAGCGUGGAAAAAGUCUCUGGGAUGGAAAAAGUGAGUUUUCAGAAAUUUCAGCCCCGGGUGUCUUCACUGCUCGAAAGUGGUGCUAAUUCAGCAAGCUGUGACACCCAUAUGGGUUCAAUCUGUGGAGAGUUGAGUUCCAUUCCAUUUUUUAUUUCCAUUUCCAUUUGUAUUUCCUGUUAACCAAAACUCUUGGAAUUCUCUAAAUCUUUUUCACGAUAUCAAAAAACCCCAAACCACAACAGAAGAUGCCUUUUAAAAAAGAAAGAAAGAAAAGGGUCACCCUGUUCUGGCCGCCUCAGGAGGGUCAGGUCAGCGCCAGUUGAGUUGGGAGCAUUGGCUUCUGUUCGGCUUCCUCCCCCAGCUGCAAGGUUGGGGAGCUCGGGCUCUGGCAAAGCCCUUCACACCCUUGGCAUUUGGUCAUGUCUCCACAGGCUUGUGUAACUCUCCUGAUAUGUAUUUUGGGGUUUCCAAAUUCUUUCCUACUUUUUUUUUUUUUAAUUUUCAUAAAACAAAACAGUGAGGGCCCUUUUGAGAAAACCAGCAUUUUAAAAGGAUGCUUUGGAAAAACACUUUGGGGACUCCGAGGUGGGGGUUCACUCACCACGAGGACUGAUGAUCACACCUGGGACUUGAUGUCAGCUGGGAGAAGGCAGGUACAGAUGUUUCUGGUGAUCUGGCUCAUUAGGAUGAGUGUCCUCCCCAAGGACUCUGGGUGGCCUCCUCCUUAAGGCUUGGAGCGUGUCCUCAUCAAGGAGGGAUUCUGCCAGUGCCUUAGGUGUAAGCUAAGAAAGCAAGGAAGUCUGCCUCCCCGCUCCUGCCCCAGGUUAGGCCAAGGGGAAUUCAGAACAGAGCGUGAUGCCACGAGUCUGACUGUGCUCCUGGGCCCUGUCGUGAUGGUGUAUGUUUCUUUUAAGUGUUCAUUUUAGUGUAAGUUACAAUCACAGCGCUGGGUGUGAAUUAAAGAAACUAUGUGAAUUCACUGAGCCAGCUGCAGAAACCAGGAGGGGGUGGUGGCUGGGCACCUCCGAGCUUCAGUCCUUGGCCCCCUGACCCUUCUCUCUCCUGCCUGUCCAUGGGGGUUUUGAGCAGAAGUGUCGCAAAUGGUUUUUUCUCUUCCAAUAUUGCAAAGAACAAACUGGAGAUUUCCUUCGAAUAUAUCCAAAUUAUGUCAAGUGCUCAAAGGUAUAGAAUAUUAUGAGCAUGAACUCCCGCUGUAUUUCUGGGUUUCUGUUGAUAGUUUCCAUCUGUCCUGAAAGCAGAAUCAAUAGCUCUGUGGGUAUCCUGGAGCCGCAGCAGGGACCAAGGAAGAGAGCAGGUGUGAUGAUAAUCACCCUCAUUUCAAGUCAUUGGAGACCUAGGGUGUCAAAUUGCCUGGUGUCCUCUUCAGAUUUAACAACACCUGUGUCUGCCAUGCCCCUGAUUGGAUGCAUCCUCUUGGUGGAGCCUGCCGUUAACUUGAAGGUCCUGAAUUUGCCAGAGGAAAGCUCAGCAGGGACCCCUGCAGACAGGAACCCUGUAGUCCCAGUCAUCACGCUGCGAAAGAGUAAAUUGCACAGCAUUUACUGAUAAAAAUGGAUUUUUCUCUGAUUUCGUGAUCUUGUCCUUUAAGUGGCAAAUGUAAUUUUUAAAUUAUGUGAAGAGAAUUCUCAAGGUUUUGCUCUGGCCACAUGGGGACACUUGAAUGAAUUCAGAACAGUAUUGUGGGCAGCUGGGUGGGAGAGACUGUGGGAAAACAUGACCUUUAAACAUAACAUGUUGAACAUAGCAAUGAUCAUGAGAUUGUUUUGGUUUAGGGGGACUGGGUCAAGUUCAGGUAAAUCAUUCUAGGCAUGGGGAGACUCUGAAAUAGAUCAGUCAAGUAAGUGUAAGUGAGCGAUUGUGAAUUUGUAAUGUAAAUGGAAAAGCAGGCUUUGUUUUAAGUUAUUCACUAGGGAACCAGCUGUAGUUCUUUCGUAGCCUUUCUUUUUCUCCAAACCUGCUUAGCUGAGAGGUACAGAAAAGGAAGCAGGUGAAGACACAAUGGGACACUUUAGGGUGGAUCAAAUGACAUGGCUCAGUGGUGGAUUCAAGUCAGUAACAUUCCUAAGCAUGUCUGGGAGAUACAGUUUACUUAUUAAUUAAAAAGAUUUCUCAGUUUCUUAAAUUAUGACUUUCAUAGAGUAGUAAGGAGGAUUUGUCCUUUCAGAGAAAAGUUGUUUUCAAGUCACAGACCUUUUAAAAAGAAUGAAUACCUUCAUUUGACACUUUUCCUGUUUCUAACUAUAGAAAAUCCAGAAUAGUAUUUGACAAACUAUUUUUAAAAUUCGCCUUUGAUAUCUGUCCCACUCCAUUUUGCUUUGUGACUGUUUCAUUUAACAAUAAAUUAUCUUUAAAAAAUUAUUUGUCUCUCUUUUUAAAAGUAAAAAUAGAAUGUUUGGUUAAGAAAAAUGGAUCCUCAUCUUGAAAAAAUUUUUUGACAUGAUUGUAUUUUAAUAGCAUGAUACUUUUUAAUUUUAUUUUUAUAUUCCCCAUACAAUUGCAACCCCCUUAUUUUGACCCCAAUCUCUCCUUUCCCCGCCCCCUACCCCCCAUAGAGUGUCUCUGGUUCAUAGUUGUUUGUUGAUUUUGAUUUUCACUUUCUUAUAGUUAUUCAUUUUCCUGGUCCCUUAUUUAGGUUUUCUAGAUUCCUGCUAUGAGUGAGACCAUCCGGUAUUUUUCUUUUUCUUUCUGGCUUAUUUCGCUGAGCAUGAUCCCUUCCAGCUCCAUCCAUGUUAGCAUGAUACUUUUAACUGGGUGUUGCUUGCCCUCCCUUAGGGAAUUUUUCAAGGGGUCCCGGCAUACAGUUUUUAGGAAUUUGUUCCCAGACUGGAUGAAUCUUUUUUCUAAAACUAUUUGCUCUGAGGUUAAGCCUCUGAGCAGCAAGGUUCCAGCCCCCCUCCCUCCCUCCCCUUCCAAAUGACUUUGGGCCCACAUUGCAGAAGAAAUCCCAAGUUCUCACCUCCCGUACCUCAUAAAGCAAGGCAGUGGCAAGGAUGACACUUUCCAUUUAAUAGCCUCACAUUUCAACCUCAGUCUUCCCUGAGGGAAAGUCCCUUUGGGCAAAGCAAAGUGAGGGUAGACCGAAAUCAUGAAAGUGAAGACAUCUUAUUUCACGCAAGGGGCAAAUUCAUGGCAAGACUCUGCUAGUUUUUAAGUUACAUGCAAAUAAAUGUCUUGGGAAUGCGUAUUAUCAUUCCUAUGAAUUUUGAAGCCAGUCUCUUUUUAAUAGAAAUUAAGUUUAAUUUGGUUGAUUGGGAUGACAAUGAGGGCUGAUUUUGCCAGUUAGGUUACAUGGUGUAAAUUUUCCAUAAAAUGAAUGUGUUAAUCAGCAGUGCUGAACUUUCAGUUCAAAGUAUGUUGAAACUAAUAUUUCAGUUUUUCCAAGUUUCCUAAGAAUAUCUGAUUAAGCAGAUGCCCUCAAGACAAACAGUAGUAGGCAUAAUUAAUAAUAAAAUGACAAAUCUUAGGCAGUCUUUUUGGUAUACUUCCCAGAAACUUAAGAAGUAGAUGACCCUAAUGAUUAGGUAAUGAAUCCUCUUACAAGGAGUGCCUCUUUUCAAAAUUAAAUUCUAAUAACUUGAUUUGAGUAUAAUCACUAUCAAGUAGUUUAUUUAUAUCAUGAUUUCCCAAAGUGCUUUCUGUAGAAUAAAAUAAAGUUCUAUGAUCAAGUAAGUUUGGGGAAAUGAAAAGCUCAACAAUGCUAGCUAUGUUUGUGGCAGGGCUGCCUGGAAGUUUGCAUUAAUCAGCUUUUGCUGCAUAAGCACCACCACAGAAUCACAGUGGCUGCAGCAGUGAGCGUUUGUUUCUUGCUCACAAGUCUAUAGGUUUGAUAGGGUAGUUCUGCCAGUGGAUGGGUGUUGAGUUCAAGUUUUUCCACUUGGCUCUGAAGCUGGCUAGAGUGGUUACCUGGGGCACAAUCUUCUCAGAGGUAAAAAGUCACCAGAGGAACAAGUAGAAUUGUACAAUACCUUUUAAGGUCUACACUAGGAACGGACCCAGGAUUCUACCCAAAGUGAGUAAUUAGCCAAAUCAGGUUGUCUGAUUAAACCUGAUGUCGGGGAGCCAGGGAUGUGAGUGGAAGGAAUAUUCAAUUCAACAGGAAUUCAUUCAACAUGCAAUAUGCACGGAGAAUCUUCAAAGGGGAAGAACUUCUAUGUAACAUUUUUCCAAACUCAUUGGACCAGAGAACCCAUGAGCUUUGCAUAGGACCAAUGUUUAUUUGGAAUGCACUUGGAGAGGUGCUAGUGUAUAUGUGUAACGAUCAAGUCUGAUCAGGAUAACCAAAAUCAUAUUAGCUAUUCCCAACAGAAGGAAGUUCAUACGGAGAGCCCGUCUCACAGCUGUUUGGAAGACUAAAAGAACAAAAACAGGACCCUGAAGUAACCCAGUUACUAGUAACUACAGGAAGCAGCUCCCACCUCUAUAAUCCCCUUAUGGCAAGUUUCACCUUAAGAAGCUAGAAAAAGAUCAAAUUAAACCCAAAGUCAAAGGAAGGAAGGAAAUAAUAAAGGUUCAGCUGAAAUAGGAACAAAUGAUUGUGAACUUUUUUAAACAAAAAUGUACUUUGAAAAAAUGGAUAAACCUCAGCUAGAUUAAUCAAGAGACAUAAAGCAUGAAUCAUUAAUAACAGGAUGAAAUAGAGAUCCUCCUAUCAAAAUUAUAAUAAGGUAAUAUUAGGAACAACAGUGUGCCAAUAAAUUUGACAAUUUAAGAGAGAAUAUGGAAAAAUUCCUUUAAAAAUUAUUGUUCCAAACUGACACAGAUGAAAUAGAAAAUCUGAAAAAACUCAGACUUUGAUAAAUAUAAACCUCUUCAAAGAUUCCAUUAAGAAAAUAAAAGCCACAGACCAAGAAAAAGAUAUUCACAAAUGUUGGCAAAGGACUUAUAUUUAGAAUCUAUAAACAGCACCUACGAGUCAACAUCAAAAGACAAACAACCCAAUUAAAAUGUACAAGAGACUUGAGCAGACAUUUCAUGAAGGAAUAUAUAUGGAUGAAAAACAGUCACAUGAAAAAGUAUUCAACAUUGUUAGCUGUCAGGGAAAUGCAAAUUAAAAUCACAAUGAAAUAUCACUACUUAUCUAAGAGAAAUGAAAACAGGUCUGCAAAAGGCUGGUUACACAAGAAUGUUCUUGACAGUUUUAUUCCCAAGAGCAGUAUGCUACAGUAACUGAAAUGUCCAUCAACAAGAGAAUUAAUAAGCUCAUGCAUAUUCAUAUGAUGGAAUACUAUUUAGCAAUAAAAAGGAACGAAAGGUUGUUACAUGCAACUUGUGAAUAAAGCUCAAAGAAAAUGCUGAUGUGCACCAAAGAAUACAUACUGCAUGAUUCCAUAUAUGUUUGACAUUCUAGGACAGAAAAUAUUAAUCCCAGCUGAAAAAAAAUAAGAAUAGUGACUACCUUUUUCCUUCUGACUUAUUUUAUUUAGCAUAAUCCCCUCCAGUUCCAUCCAAGGCAAAUAUCAAAGGUUUCACUCAUAUGUAGAAUAGAGAGAAACAAAGACAAAGGAUCAUUCAGACAAAACCAAACCAAAAAUAAACCCUAGAAAUCUGACUGUAGAAUUAAAGUUACGUGGUGGGGUGGGGGGUAGAGAGCAAAGUUUGGAAGAUACCCAGUGAACUAUGAGGUAGGUCUAUGGGCACCUUGGUCAUGGGUGGGUGUAGUGUGGUAACAUAUCUCUGACAAGAUGUGAUCUGUACCUCUGAAUUAUAUACAGUGUGUAAACCAACAUUACCUCAAUAAUAAUAAUAGUGAUAGUGACAAUAAUGAUAAAUAGUGAUUGCCAACAUGGGUGACUGGGAAGGACAUGAGAGAACUUUCUUUGGAGAUGGAACUUUCUUUGGAGAUGUUAGGAAUGGGUCACAUGGGUACAUACCUUGUCAAAACUGUAUAGCUAAUAUUUAUACUUUCUAAUACUAUUUUUGUCUCAAAGAAAAGAAUCAUAAAAAAUGGAAACAGUUGAAUGGAGGGUUGGGGAGUAGGUAGAGAUAAAGAUAAAACAAGAAUGCUAGAAUAUUUUUGUACAUUUAAAUUUACACAGUCACAUGUCAAAUUUCUGCAAAUAAAUAAAAAUUGUCAGAAGAGUAGUGGAAUGUUAAAAAAAAAAUCUAGAAAUGGGGUGAUAGGUACAUGGGAUUUUAUUAUGCUAUGUUUGUGUUGUAUGUAUUUGAAAAUUUCCAUAAUAAAAACUCAUAAAAGUAUCUUCACUGUUUCUUUGACACAAUUUGAGUGCUCAUUUUAAAAAAAUCAGAAAACACACAUUGACAAAUAUAACAAACUCUCAUAACUUUCUCAAGAGGUAAACCCCUGCUAAUUUUUUUUGAGAAUUAUAGCUUUUGCUGGUGGUAAAAAUGGGC